AUGUCCCACCAGCAUGUGCGCAUCUAUGGAAGCUGCUUUGGGCAUCAGCUUGUAGCCCAAACCUUGCUCAGUAGUCACGGUGUUCACGCCGAAAAAUCACCAAUGGGUUGGGAAAUUGGCGUUCAGCGGGUAACACUGAGUCCGCAGUUCAAAGAGAAGUUUUCCUUGCUAAAGAACACCGAGUCUAUGUCAUGCCAAUUUCUACAUUCCGACCAUGUCGCUGGCAUCACUAGCAGUGCGAAGUUGCCGCCAGACUGGAUGACUGUAGGCAAAAGUGAGCUCUGCGAGAUUCAGGGACUGUUUCAGCCUGGAAGAGUCUUGACUUCCCAAGGCCAUCCCGAAUUCGACAAGUUCAUCAUCAAGACUACCAUAAGUAAUUUGAAGGAAAAUGGGCAAUUUGACCACAAGGAGGCCUGUGAUUAUCUCAAUUCAGCUAAUCAGGAGGAGGAUGUUAUACUGUUCGGUCAAAUCUUGAUUAGUUUCAUGAUUUCGCCAUAA